GUCACCAAAGACAGCAGAAAACAUUCACCACGAAUUAGCCCAGUGCAGUUCACAGCAAUGGCUGCUCUCGCCAACGUGGUCGCCAUUGCCAUCCUCGCUCUGGCGACAGGCGCCGGCGCAGUUUCGAAGCCGGCGGUUGCGGGGAGGACGACGAUGACCAAGAGUCCACCGGUGAUCUACAUUUUCGGGGACUCGAUGUCGGACGUCGGGAACAACAACUACCUCCUCCUGUCCCUCGCCAAGUGCAACUACCCCUGGUACGGCAUCGACUACAAGACCGGCUACCCCACUGGGAGGUUCACCAAUGGCCGGACCAUCGGAGACAUCAUGGCUGCCAAGUUUGGCGCCCCGCCCCCGGUGCCGUUCCUCUCCCUGUACAUGACCGACGACGAGGUCCUGGGCGGCGUCAACUUCGCGUCCGGCGGCGCGGGACUCCUCAACGAGACCGGCAUUUACUUUGUUCAGUACCUGUCGUUCGACAACCAGAUAUCGUCCUUCGAGCAGAUCAAGAACGCGAUGAUCGCCAAGAUCGGCAAGAAGGCCGCCGAGGAGACUGUCAAUGGCGCAAUCUUCCAAAUCGGGCUCGGGAGCAACGACUACGUCAACAACUUCCUGCGGCCGUUCAUGGCGGACGGCAUCGUGUACACCCACGACGAGUUCAUCGGCCUGCUCAUGGAGACCAUGGACCGGCAGCUCACGAGGCUGUACGAUCUCGGCGCGCGCCACAUCUGGUUCAGCGGGCUGGCGCCGCUCGGCUGCAUCCCGUCGCAGCGCGUCCUCUCCGACGACGGCGAGUGCCUCGACGACGUGAACGCGUACGCCCUCCAGUUCAACGCCGCGGCCAAGGACCUGCUCCAGGAGCUGAAUGCCAAGCUUCCCGGCGCGCGCAUGUCCCUCUCCGACUGCUACUCCAUCGUCAUGGAGCUCAUCGACCGCCCCCAGAAAUACGGGUUCAAGACGUCGCACACGUCGUGCUGCGACGUGGACACGACGGUGGGGGGCCUGUGCCUACCCACGGCGACCCUCUGCGACGACCGCAGGGACUUCGUGUUCUGGGACGCGUACCACACCUCCGACGCCGCCAACCAGAUCAUCGCCGACCGCCUCUUCGCCGAGAUGGUGGGCUCCGGCGCCGUCGUGCCGGGCAACGCCACCUCGCCGCCCCGCGUCGUCAGCGCGCCGACGCCGACGCCCACCCACGUCGCGCCGCCGCGCAAGCCUUGAUCUCACGCGCCUUUUUGUGUCUAUUCGCAACUCCGACUCGUGUUCCGUUAGUCGGAACUGUUCCAAAAAAAUGUGCAUGUACUUGUGCAGUUAAGCACCUAUGCAGUGCAGCUAUGCUCGAUGAGUUAUACAGAGAAGAAGAAGACAGCAAGACGAAAUCGUAGUCUCACCAUUGUAAAACAUUUUUGUUUCUUGGCAAAAGCAUGAAACGAAUCCC